CAAAUAUUGUUUUUGUAAAACAAAACGCCUUUCUUGAUUUUAAUUUUUUUAUUCAGAGUAGAAUGGCAAGCUAAGAGUUUUCAAAUGGCCUAGCAUGGAAAUUAUAAUUGAUGAGGUGGACGAUGCUUCUGUAAAAGAUUUAGAUUUCAGCCCUGAUGGCAAAUUUCUUGCAUCUAUCGGAAGUGGCUGUUGUAGGGUUUGGAAUGUCUCAACAUUAGCAUCCGUGAUUUCUUUGCAGAAGAAAGAUGACGAGAAGUUUGGCUUUUGUAGGUUUUCACGAAGUAGUGACCAUAACCAGACAAUCUAUGUCACUGCAACACGGGGUAAACAUGUAGCUUUGGAUGUUUCU